CGGGCAGGAGCGGGGCACCCCCUUUUCCCCCCGACCCGGCCUGCUCUGCCUACAUUGCUGCCUGCCCUCCGGCCUGCUCCCCUGCCUGCCAGCCACAGGACCUUCAGCUCCCCUCAGCCUUUUCCUGCCCUCCUGCCUUUCUGCCUGUCUUCCUGCCUCCCCUGCCUGUCCUCCUGCCUGCCCGCUCCUGACCAGCAUACUUCCUUUGCCCGUUCUCCCGCCCCCGUUCCUUGCUCUCCUGCCUGCCCACCCCGCUUGCCUGUCGUCCUGCCCUCCCCUGGCUGCCUGCCCGCCACCCUGCCCACCGCCCUGCCUGCCUGACCUCCGCACAGGCCCUGUUCCCGCCCUGGGCCCUGGCGCCGCGGGAGUGCGAGGCGGCAGCAGAAGCUCCGUCGCAAUGACCUGCGGUCUCUCGGCCGAGGUGCAGUUUAAAAGCUGCUGGAGACACGCUCGCUGGCUAUAAACCACGGGCAGGCUGAUUCGGCCGUCUGCUGGCGUAGUGCUGCAGGAGUUUGGAGCGUGUGAGGAGCUGCCAGAAGAAUCACUAAUAUUUUCACUUCUGCUUCUUCAGAUGAUCCUGUCCCAGUCAGUGCCUUUAGAAGUGUGACGCUCGUUGGUGCUGGGCACAGCCUGCUGCAGGACGGACAAUAUCAUCACGCAGCCAAGAUGGUGGCAUUUAACUGGAAGGCUUUGGAGAAUUUCCCAUUGCUGAUGUACAUUUUGGCAGCUAAAACAUUGAUUCUUUGCUUAGCAUUUGCUGGAGUAAAAAUGUACCAGAGCAAAAAAAUUGAAGAAAAACUGAAGAGGGAACGUGAAGAGAAAUUUAAAACAGAAGUAGAGAAGAAGGAUGAUUGAAGAGUCUCUCAGAUUUUCUGACACUUGGCAGCUUGCGUUCGAUUCCUUUCCUGGGAGAACGAAGACUUCCUGUAGAUGGAGGAUGUGUCAAAGGAAUAAUACCCUCAAGAGUAACAUUCGCUUAAACUGUAUCUCAACUUUUUAUACUUACAGCAAAAUAUCUAAGCCUCUAUUUAUGCAAUAAAAAAUCCU